ACCUUCGCGGGUCCGUCUCCGACAAGCACUGAAGCGUACCGUAGAGCAGAAAGUCCAGUCACCUACGAACGAUCCGUCGUGUGAGAAGUAUCGAAGCUAAAUCUCAUCAAUCUCGCAGAAAUUAACAUCGGACGCGUAUUCUCUGGCUAUCCAACGGUCAAGGUUACUCAGAGAAGAAUAUGCUGCGAAUAUUUAUAAUCGUUACCAUCGCGAAUGCAGUGAUGGCACAGGUGCCAUUUUUGGGUACGUGUCCAAACUUGGAAACAAUGCAAAAUUUCGAAUUUGACAGAUAUUUGGGCAAAUGGUACGAAGUCGAAAGGUACUUUGCGUGGUUUGAAUUUGGUGGAAAAUGUGUGACAGCUAAUUACAGUAUGAAUGAAAAUAACUCGGUGAAAAUCAUCAAUAAACAAAUUUCUUCAUUAACUGGAGUCGCAACGAGUAUUGAGGGCGUUGGAAGAUUAAUUAGCAGAUCUGAUGAUCCUAAGUUGUCUGUCACUUUUCCAUCUUUGCCACUGCCAUUCGAUGCACCUUAUUGGGUUCUAGAUUCGGACUACAAGUCAUACGCCGUAGUAUGGAGCUGUACAAAUCUUGGAGUCCUCAAUGUACGAAAUGUUUGGAUUUUGACGCGAGAACCAAAACCGCCAGUCCCAGUUGUAGAAAAGGCUUAUCAAGUACUCGAUAAAAAUAAUAUCAGCAGAGCGUACUUUAUUCGUACAGAUCAGAAAAAUUGCCCGGCUACGUAUUAAGGAUGAUUAAUGAUGAACUUCAAAAGAAAUAUACUUGGGAAAAAAUGUAUUUUUUUUGUGAUGGAGUACUAUGCAUAAUAUCUUGAAUUACGAAUUAGAAUAUUUAUUGCCAACGGAUGCAAGAUUACGCAAGUAUCAUGUUUACGUAAUGAAUAUUGUGAGUGCGUUUGUAUUAAUAAGAUUGUUAUGGAUAUUUAUUUUUUAUAUUCAAAGUCGAAGUAUUGCAUAGUUGCAAUGUUUAAAAAAUUCUAUUUUUCUUUCUUUGCCUGUUUCUUCCUCGUGACUGUGAUUUUUAAUGCAAUGUCUGCAAAAAAUUGACUAUAUUAUUUCAUAUCAAUAAAUUUUAAUUUAAACUUUAGACUAACAUAAUUUAUAACAGAAUGCAUCAUCAUAAAUACGUAAUGCGUUAUGUAAGUAUUGUUGUAUUGAUAACACUUUGACCACGAGAUAGUUAAUUUAUGCAUGAAAAAUAUGAAACUUAUCUGUUUGUAAAUAAAAAAAAUAAGAAACAAAAUAGUGUUUCAGGUUUAACUGUACGAUUGUCGUAUUAUGCAAAAAUAAGUUAAUUUUAUAGAUAUUUUAUACUAAAGAUAAUUUUACGCCUGAAUAAUAAAUGAUCUGGUGGUCAAAGUGUCAAGAUGUAUAUGUUGUCUACGUUUGUAUUUCAACGUUUACAGUUAAGGUGAUGAUCCCAAUUAUGGGCCAUUUAAGGUUGAUAUGAUUUACAUUAAUUCAUGUAAAUUUAACAAUCAAACAUUUUAAAAAAGUUGUUAAUGUCAAUAUAAGCAAUAAAUAUUAUAAUUAAGUCUCAAUUAUGGGUCGGCAUAAUUAAAUGUAUAUUAAUGUAUGUUACAUUGUUAACAUAUUAUUGCAUGUUAAUAUACUAAAUAAAAUAAUAUAUUAUGAGUGUCAAGGAA